CGACUUUUAAAAGAAAAGAUAAAAAUAUGCAAUAAAAAUAUUGGAUUGAUAAAUGACCAUGGUAAGGUAAAGAGUAUAUACAACUGUUACAUUUCUUCAAGAAACUAAACUGAAAAAAAAUAACAUACAGAACUUCUAGACUCUCCCGCGUUACUUAUAUUCAACAAAACAUCAUUCAUCAAAAACCUUCGAUUUCGAUCUCAUUCUCUUCUCUUCUCUUCAGUUUUUGAGGAAUUCUUCAAACAUGGACGAUGCUGGAGUCUCAAAAAUAACUGCCAAACUGAAGGAAAUAUUUCAGAAGUGGCAAACGGGUUCUAAGGAGUGCAACGAUGAAAAUUCGGGUGCGAAUAACGUUGGCAUAUCGCCGAUGAUUAACAAGAGGCUAAACAGUUUGAUGUACUGUGAUUCUGAUGAAGAUAGCUGCAAUAGUCCUAAAGGACCGGAUGAUGUUCCUAAAGGGUACUUAGCUGUUUAUGUUGGCCCGGAGCUUAGGAGGUUUAUCAUUCCAACAAGUUACCUUAGUCAUUCUCUUUUCAAGAUGUUGUUGGAAAAAGCUGCUGAGGAAUUUGGUUUUAAUCAGAGUGGUGGACUUACUAUUCCAUGUGAAAUUGAGACGUUUAAAUACCUUCUUAAUUGCAUGGAGAAUACUCAGUUUCAAGAUGAUGAUAACUCAUCUGGAAACACAUGAACUGUGGAAGAAUGAAUAAACUAAUCUGGUCUUUAUAGAGGUGGAAAUCACAGUGCUGGUUUCAAGUGUGAACAAAGUUUUCUCUUGAUUCCAUCAUUUAUUUAUUUAUUUAUUUAAUUUCAUAUGAGAAAUGAUAGAAUAACUUUGUUAUUACUUUGUUAGAAAUAUUAUUGUUUCCUAUACAACAAUUCAUUGAUCUAUACAAUGAUUGUAUUCUUUUUUAUGCUAUGAUAUUUAAGAACUGAAUCCAAUAUUGUCCUUAAUUCCUAAUCCUUGUACUUUUCCUUCUAAAUUCUGUU